UCUGACUGACAGCUGACAGACAUAAACAUUGCGUUUAGUGUCGCACUUGUUUCUACUAUAACUGCAACGAAACGAAUUACGUAAGGAAAAAUCUUUAAGAUGUCCUUCUUUUUAAAACGCGCCAUGAGCGCCAAUUCUCAGCUGGGACGCACAUUAUUAAAAAAUGCGUCAGUGUCAUCUAUGCAGCCCGUAGCUUCGAAGACAGAUGAGGCGGCACCGCAAAUGGAGACUCGACCAACUGUGGCCAAAGUCGACCCUUUACAAAAAUCCCAACUUGUAGAGUUUGGCAAGUAUGUUGCCGAAUGUUUACCCAAAUUUGUACAGAAGGUCCAACUUACUGCGGGGAAUGAAUUGGAAAUUCUAAUACCUUCAGAUGGCGUUAUUCCUAUUCUACAAUUUUUGAAAGACCAUCACAACGCUCAGUUUGCCAGUCUCGCUGACAUUGCCGGCAUGGACGUGCCCAGUCGUCCCAAUAGAUUCGAGAUCAUUUACAAUUUGUUGUCCUUGCGCUACAACGCCAGAAUCCGCGUCAAAACGUACACGGACGAGUUGACGCCGGUGGACUCUGCGUGCGAUGUUUUCAAAGCUGCCAAUUGGUAUGAAAGGGAAAUAUGGGACAUGUAUGGAGUCUUCUUUGCCAACCAUCCUGAUCUGAGAAGGAUUUUGACCGACUAUGGAUUUGAGGGUCAUCCAUUUAGAAAAGACUUCCCCCUCAGUGGUUAUGUUGAAGUUCGUUAUGAUGAUGAACAGAAACGUGUGGUGGUGGAACCUUUAGAGCUGGCACAAGAAUUUAGACGCUUUGAGUUGAGCGCACCGUGGGAACAGUUCCCCAACUUCAGAGGCAACCCCGCUGCUGAGGAGGUCACUGAUGCCACUCAGGCUAAAGAAUAAUAGUUUAUAUUCUAAAAGUAAACUCAAAGCAAUAUAUACAAAUAUAUUUCAGUGAGUUUCUGUUUUA